GCUUUUGUGACGGGAGGCUUUCUUCAUGAAGCGUUUUGACCUGAGCUUGAGCUCGUUGAUGGUUUUUGUUGCUUGGGGUUUGGUGCUAGGUUAACUGAGAAAGAGGAGCAACAGAUGUAGUUUAGAAUAGAAAGAUGAAUAGAAAUAAAUGUAGUGUCGUGGAUUUUAAGUUUUUCUUUCGUGCGGAGAUCAUUUGUUUGUGUUAUUUAGAUGAUUGUGUCUCGGAAUUGUGUGGCAGCUGUAAUGUGUUUCCUGGUUUGAGGUUUCGUUCUUGUUUUGCGACGCUGCGGGCUAUUUUUGUUUAGACUUGGAUGUAAUUUUGAUGCGUUGGGUUUCAAUGUAGUGCUGCAGGGGUGUUAUAUGUGGUGUUCCUGUGAUUUAAUCUACGGAUGAAGCAAACGAGAUGGUGUAUACUUGUCUCUUCUGCCGUCCACAAAACUUGAGGAGCCUGUCAAUUGCAUAACCUCUUUUUAUCGAGGUCGCGGAAGUGGCGCGGGAAUCCGAUUAAUGCUUCGCGCUUCGUGUCUUCACUAGGUAGGUGUAGCCUCAAUUAUGGCGACACCUCAGCUUUCCCGUGUUCUGCAACGGCCAUCUCCAUUUCCAAGGAAGAAAGCUUUGGUGGUGGCUGCCGCUGUGUUGGCGGCGGGAGGUGGUCUAGCAUAUUUUCGAACUGGGCAACGUAGACCUCAUCGUGAUUCCUCUCCAGCAUUGAAUGGAAACGGAACAAAUAAAAGUUCUGGAGUUAUUGCAAGUGCAGCUAAGGAUCAAAGCCAAAUGAAUAAGCGAAAACAGGGAGGAAUAAAGAAUGUCAAGUUUUUGGCUGGAAUAUUACUGAACCACAUUGGCAAAGGGGGAUUGAAUGAAUUUUUAGCCUUGGCGACCAUCUCAGUUCUCAGAACAGCUUUAAGCAACAGGUUAGCGAAAGUACAGGGAUGGCUAUUUCGUGCUGCAUUUUUGACAAGAGCUCCUCUUUUUAUGAAACUCAUUACGGAGAACCUGAUUCUCUGCUUUCUUCAGUCUGCGUUUUUGUCCACCACAAAAUUUCUCACCGGUGCUUUGAGUUUGCGUUUUCGCAAGAUUCUUACCAAUCGCAUUCAUUCAGACUACUUUCAGAACAUGACUUAUUACAAGAUGUCACAUGUUGACCAUCGUAUCACCAGUGUGGAACAGCGAAUUGCUAGUGAUGUUCCCAGAUUUUCUACGGAAAUGAGUGAGCUUGUGCAAGAAAAUUUGUCGGCUAUUUUUGAUGGUCUUUUAUACACAUGGCGGCUUUGCUCAUAUGCAAGCCCCAAGUAUGCGUUUGGUGUCCUGGGUUAUGUAAUAGGAGCUGGAGUUACCAUCCAGGCGUUGUCUCCUCCAUUUGGAAGGCUCAUGUCGACAGAACAACAAUUAGAGGGCGAGUACCGCCAACUACAUUCGCGGUUGCGGACCCAUUCUGAGAGCAUUGCGUUUUAUGGAGGCCAAGACAGAGAAGCUUCUAUCAUCACUCAACGGUUCAGGACCUUGGUUAGGCACUUGAGUAAAGUUCUACACACGCAGUGGUGGUUUGGCAUGAUUCAGGACUUCGUUCUCAAAUAUUUGGGUUCUACAUUUGGUCUUGUCUUAAUCAUUGAGCCCUUCUUCUCAGGGAGCUUAAGACCCGAUGGAUCUACUCUUGGUCGAGCUCAAAUGCUGAGUCUGAUGCGUUAUCAUACAAGUGUUAUAAUAUCUCUUUUUCAAGCCAUGGGAACUUUGGCCUCCAAUACCCGCAAGCUUGGUCGUCUUAGUGGCUAUGCUGAUCGUAUAUAUGAGCUCAUGUCGGUUUCAAGGGAACUUCGCAUUGCAGGUGGUAGUGAAACCAUUCAGAACAAAGAUUCUGGCAGUUACUUUAUUGAGGCCCCUUACAUUGAGUUUGAGGGGGUGAAGGUGGUCACUCCAACAGGGAAUACACUUGUUGAGAAGCUCACUUUGAAAGUCGAGCCAGGCUCCAAUCUGCUCAUAACUGGUCCAAAUGGAAGUGGAAAAAGCAGUCUGUUCCGAGUUCUAGGUGGGCUGUGGCCCUUAGUGGAGGGGCGCAUUGCAAAACCAGGCAUGGGUUCUGCAUUAAGUCAUGAGAUCUUCUACGUGCCACAACGUCCGUAUACAUCAGUAGGGACAUUGCGUGAUCAGCUCAUUUACCCCCUGACUUCAGCAGAAGAAACUCAACCCCUUACAGCUGAGGGUAUGCGUGAGUUGUUGAGGAAUGUCGACUUGGAAUAUUUGCUUGAUCGAUAUCCGCAAUCCCAAGAGGUCAUUUGGGGCGAUGAGCUUUCUCUUGGUGAGCAACAGCGCCUGGGAAUGGCUCGUCUGUUUUACCAUCGGCCUUUGUUUGCAAUCUUAGAUGAAUGUACCAGUGCUGUUACUACGGACAUGGAAGAAAGGUUCUGUGCCCAAGUACGGGCUAUGGGAACGUCUUGUGUGACCAUCUCUCAUCGGCCUGCUCUGGUAGCCUUCCACGAUACUGUUCUGUCACUUGACGGAGAGGGAGGUUGGACCGUUCAUUACAAAUUAAAUUCAGUCACUCAACCGCCUGUAGGGCUUCGCGAUGAAGACAACAUGCAGAAUGGUGAAUUGCAUUCAGACCGCCAAAGUGAUGCCUUAACUGUUCAGAAACAAUUUUUCACAAAUAUUGGGCAGGAUGGACCAGGUCAAGAUUCAACUGCUGGCGACUCUUAUGUUGGUGCUGUUCUAGCAACUUCCCCACCUCGUGAUCCUUUUGAAGUAGUUCCUGCUAUAUCUGGGCUGCAGAUUCAGCCGCGCAACACGCCUUCUCGGAUUUCUUCUCUCUUCAAGAUCUUGGUGCCUACGUUAUCUGAUAAACAAGGCGGCCAGUUGUUAGCAGUUGCCCUCCUUGUGCUUGGCCGGACAUGGAUUUCUGACCGAAUUGCUGAUCUGAACGGGACGAGUGUGAAACAUGUCUUGCAACAAGAUAAAGCUGCUUUCGUUCGCCUUGUGGGAGUUAGCAUACUGCAGAGUGCUGUAUCCGCAUUUCUUGCUCCAUCCCUUAGGCAUAUGACGGCAACGUUGGCUUUAGGCUGGAGGCUUCGUUUGACUACACAUCUCUCUAAUCUCUAUUUCAAGAAUUAUGGAUUUUACAAGGCUAUGCAUCUAGCAAAAAGUGGAACUAAUGAUGCCGACCAGCGAAUUACACAAGAUAUAGAGAAGUUGAGUGGUGAUUUGUCAGGAUUGGUGACGGGGAUGAUCAAACCUUUUGUUGAUAUUCUGUGGUUCACAUACAGAAUGAAAGUGUUGACCGGUAUCAGGGGAGUUGGAUUUUUAUAUGCUUACAUGUUUUUAGGACUUGGGUUCCUGCGUGCUAUUACACCAGACUUUGGUGCUUUGACAAGUAAAGAACAGCAGCUGGACGGCUCCUUCCGAUAUAUACACUCCAGGCUAAGAACUCAUGCAGAGUCUAUAGCUUUCUUUGGGGGUGGUUCUCGUGAACAAGCUGUAACGGCUGGGCGUUUUAAGGCCUUGCUUUCACACUCUCAAGAUCUGCUCCGAAAGAGAUGGAUAUUCGGUAUUGCAGAUGAUUUCAUCACGAAACAGUUGCCGCACAAUGUCACGUGGGGAUUAAGCUUGAUGUAUGCUCUGGAGCACAAAGGAAAUCGUGCACUUACCUCUGUUCAAGGUGAGCUCGCACAUGACCUGCGAUUCCUGGCAUCUGUGGUCUCACAGAGUUUUCUCGCGUUUGGAGAUAUACUGGAACUGUAUCGCAAGUUUUUGGAACUCUCUGGAGGCAUUACUCGGGUUUCUGAGUUGAACGAAUUGCUCAUUGCUGCUCAAAAUGGUACGGGCGCUGCUCAGUCAAAACCAAAUUCUCUAUUAUUGACUGGAGAAGGACAAUCAUCGGAGGUUAAUCAAGAUAUUGUAUUCGAGGAUGUGGAUAUUGUGACACCAGGACAAAAAAUAUUGGCUCGCAAAUUGUCCAUGAGGGUUCCUGCUGGCAAGAGCUUGCUUGUAACAGGUCCCAAUGGCAGUGGUAAAUCGUCCCUUUUCCGGGUCUUGGGAGGUUUGUGGCCAGCAGCGAGUGGGCAUAUUGCCAAGCCUGGUCAGCUUGUUUUAGGAAGUGACAUUGGCUCUCAAGCGAGUACUGGGUUCAGUCGAGACAUCUUCUACGUCCCUCAACGUCCUUACACUGCACUUGGAACCCUUCGAGACCAAAUUAUUUACCCAUUGACAUUAGGAGAUGCAAAAUUGAAAGCCCAAUUUGAAUAUCAGCAAGUAGGUUCAAAAAUUGGUAACGUACUCGCGACGGGUUCAUCAGAUCACUCUUUAGAGAUACUUGACAGUCGAUUACGAACAAUCUUGGAGGAUGUGAGGUUGGUUUACCUGCUGGACCGGGAAGGGGGAUGGGAUGCUACUGCCAAUUGGGAGGACAUGCUCUCGCUUGGAGAGCAGCAAAGGCUUGGAAUGGCACGACUAUUCUUCCAUCAUCCCAAGUUUGGAAUUCUUGACGAGUGCACCAAUGCCACUAGCGUGGAUGUGGAGGAAGGCUUGUAUAAGAAAGCUCAGGCUCUAGGCAUAUCGGUUGUCACUAUUUCUCAGCGACCUGCUUUGAUUCCCUAUCAUGACAUGGAGCUGCGACUGAUCGAUGGAGAAGGUGCAUGGGAGCUCCGUUCAAUAAAAUACUCGAAGUAACACUAAUGCUCCUCUUCAUCGCCUUAUUUCUUGGGAGUAAAUGCACAACUAUCAUUCAGUUGAGUUCAUCAUAAUGUUAGCCUUUUGCUGGUUUGGUACUCGUAGUAUUGUCAUAAACUACCGUUUCAUGAUGCUUUUGAUACUACCGGUAUUUCAUCUCACAUUCCUAGGUGAUGGAAAAAGGUUAUUUUAAUUGGACUAAUUGACAUUGUUAGAAUCUAUUGAAGUCAUAAAUUACAUUUUUUUGUAGUCUUACUACAGGUGUAAAACUAGAUUGGAGUGGCACAUAGUCUGCCCAUUGCUUAGGUUUUCUUUGGAAAUGAACGAGACGAUCUACACCGUAGUGCUCACCCAACUAUUCCUUGUUUGUCUACUCUUUUUCUUUUCCACAGUUAUAGUCACUCCAAACUUGUGAUGUAGCAACUUACUGUAUAAUUGAAUGGUAAAUUAUCAA